AUGUCGGGGAAGCGGAUGCUGGAUGCUAUCCAGCUCCUGAAUGUUGCCAAAAAUGUUGCAUACAAACAUCUUACUAUUCGGCAACAACAAUUAGAUGUCUAUACACGCACAUCCUCUUUGACGAAGGGUCUCAAGCAGCAGUAUGAAAACCUAGUGAUCACCGCUCAAGCGGCUUCUGCGUUGGCUCAACGCUUUGAUGAGAGAAAGCCAUCUGCUUCAUGGCCGGAUGACAGAGCUACAAGMCCCGCCAAUUCGGAUGUAAUCAUCAACACAUCUCAAAAGGUUGCCGAACAGGUCAAUCAAAGCCAAGCGCAUGAUGUCAAGGCCAUUAAACCAGAGACAAAAUUAUCAUCAGACGAAGCCAGAAAAUUACAACGACAAGCCGAGUUCCAGAUACCCACCAAACAAGCGGCUCCUGAGACGUCAUCAGCUUCAGAUCACCUCAUCACCAGCAAGGCUCAAGAUACAUUUUACAAUCCAUCUUUGAGUCCGAAGGUGGGCCUUUCUUCACUACCUCGGGUCAAGAUACCGCAGGAAGGAAGCGUUGUGCAAGAAAGCGACCCACAUGUCGCUUCAGGCCCUAUAAACUCUGAUGUGUUCUAUACUCCCAAUAAUGCAUCGGAGGAACCAUCGGAAGAGGCUCUACAGGCUGUAUUCCGUAGUCCGAGGGUUGCAGGUUUGCUGUUAUCAAAGAAGAAAAGAAAUCCAUAUAUCACCAACAGAGAAGAUCAGGUUGCGAAACAGGAGCCAGUUCAGAAGGAAGCCAUCGAUAAUGUAGUAGCGGAGCCAAAAGUCGAGAAAAUCGAGAAAGAAGAUGUUAUCUCUACUAUUGAGGCCCUACCAAAAGAUGUUCAGGACAUCGUCGCAGAGGCACCAAUAAUCAAAGAAACUCCCUAUCAAAUGUCAGAAUCGCGUGUGCCCUCUACACGCCUCGGCAGAAUUUGGCAAUACGGUGGCCUCGCUACAUCAAUGGCAUUUGGCGCUUUUGGUGAAAGUUUUCGAAGAGCCACCGGAUCUGGUGAUGCCAACGGAUCGAUCAUGUUUAGUGCUGGGAAUAUGGAACGCCUCGUCGCAAAGCUGUCCAAGAUGAGAGGUGCGGCUUUGAAAUUGGGUCAAAUGAUGAGCUUCCAAGAUUCCCGGAUGCUGCCGGAGCCUAUUGCCGCAGUCCUGCAACGAGUCCAAGACCGUGCUGAUUACAUGCCAGCUUCACAAAGAGAUAAAGUUCUCGUUGACAACCUAGGCCCCAACUGGCGAGACCUCUUCGAGUCCUUUGAAGAGAUCCCCAUGGCAGCGGCUUCAAUAGGCCAAGUGCACGGUGCAGUCCUGAAGGAAGGCAGACGACGCGUAGCCGUCAAAAUCCAAUAUCCCGGCGUCGCAGACUCGAUCGACUCUGACCUCAACAACCUCUCCAUUCUUCUUACAGCAACCCGCCUCUUACCCAAGGGUCUGUUUCUCGAUAAGACAAUUGCCAAUGCCCGCACUGAACUCGCCUGGGAAUGCGACUACGAACGCGAGGCCCGAUGCGCAGAAAGAUUCCGCAACCUCCUCAAAGAGGAUUCUUCUUCCUUCGUCGUCCCCGAAAUCAUCCACGAAGCAUCCGGUAAACAAGUCCUAACUAUGGAGCGCAUGGACGGUAUAGCCGUAACCAAAAUCAAGGAUUUCACCCAGGAACAACGCGACCGAAUCGGCACUGAGAUUCUGCGUUUGUGUCUUCGUGAAAUCGUCGAGUUCCGGUUUAUGCAGACUGACCCCAAUUGGACUAAUUUCCUCUAUAACGCUGAAACGAAUCGUCUUGAAUUACUCGAUUUCGGCGCUUCGCGCGAAUACCCCGCAGACUUUAUAGAGACGUACGUUGACACCCUCCUCGCCGCCGCACGCGAUGAUAGGGAAMCCUGCCGCACCCUCUCCCUCAAACUCGGCUAUCUCACGGGUUACGAAUCCCAAGCCAUGGUCGACGCACACAUAGACUCUAUCAUGACCCUGGCAGAACCAUACCGCGACUCUGCGCCAGAUAUCUACGAUUUCCGUGAUCAGACGAUCACAGACCGAGUGCGAUCCUUAAUUCCGACGAUGUUGAAAGAGAGGUUGGCGCCGCCGCCGGAGGAGACAUACAGUCUGCAUAGAAAGCUGAGUGGUGCGUUUUUGCUGUGUGCAAAGCUAGAGAGUAGGGUGCCGUGUAAGGAGAUGUUUAGGGAGGUUGUAGCCCGGAGAUGA